UAGAAAAAUUGUUAGUACUCAUACAGAAAGAUUACAUAGACAAGAAGAAUUUACAAAAACAGCUUCUUCUACUAAUACUAGUCAAGAAAUUGAAAAAUCAUUAUUAGUUACUAGCCAAAGUUUUGAUAUCUUAACUUCAUCUGCAGAGGAUUUAACUACAUCAUUUUUAGCUAGUAAUAUUUUAUUAAACCCAGAACAGGAAAGACAAAAUAUUAAACAAAAUACAAAUUUAAAUUAUAGUUCAUUUGAAGAUAGUUCAUCUGAAGAUAAUAAAUCUGAACAAUUAAAAAAUAUAUUUACUAUAGAAGAUACUGGAUUAUUUGAUAAAAUAGAAUUAGAAAAUAGUGAUAUUGAAGAAGAAAUAAUUUUAGAUUCUAGAAAUAUUGAAGCAUCUACUCAACCUACAAUCACAGCUUUGUUAAUAUUUAUCAAGGCUUUGGUAUUUGGUAAUAAUUCAGAUUUUUUAGAAACAUUAUAUAAAGCUAAAGAUGCUAUAUCAUUUAAAAAAACAAUUAUACAAUUUGUUGUAUAUGAAAAGUGUUAUUUUUUAACCAAUCUGGAAAUUAUUUCUAAUAAUUCACAACAAGCAAGAUGUAGUGAAUGUGAGACAUUAUUAAAAAAACCUAUUAAAACAAGUAAAGGAAAAUUAAUUUAUAAACCAAUUAAAAUAUAUCCAUAUCAAUCAAUUUUAAGUCGAUUAGCUACUUUAUUACAACAGUCUGGAUUUGAAGAACAAUUAGAAUCUU